AGCAGAUACGCGGGAGUGAGAAAAAACUUACUAUUAUCAAAACGAAGGCUUCGAAAUGUUAAAAUCUGAAUUCCAACAUCAGUUUUGGGUAACGAAAAAGGCCGUUCAAAGAAAACUUGGUACAAAGGAGGAUGAAAAUAUCGUAUCGUCGGAUGGGGAGCUUGACUCGAAGAUAGAACUAUUCCGAUCGGUGGCCGAGAGCUGCAACAAGCUGUACCGCAUCAUUGACCAGUACCAGGAGCGGGUAUGCAUUCUAGCGCAGGAGGAAAACUCGUUGGGAAAAUUCCUACGAGAAGUUAGCAAAGAAAGCCCUACGACCGGUAAGAUGAUGUCCACUACCGGCAAAGCGAUUUCGUAUUGUGGCCAACAGCGUAUUGCCGUUCGAGUACCGUUGCUGCGACUGCACCACGAUGUGCAAACGUUCAAGGGGCGCGCAAUAGCGGACACCCACCAUACGAUACAAUUGAUGGAGAAGGAACGAACCGAGUACAGGGCGGCAUUAAGCUGGAUGAAAUCGGUCAGCAUACAACUGGAUCCGGACACAGGCCGUGGCCUAGAAAAGUUUCGAAAAGCCCAGCGACACGUGAAGGGCGCGAAGACAAAGUUUGAUAAAUAUACACUCGACUGUUUGGAAAAGAUUGACCUCCUAGCGGCAGCGCGAUGUAACAUGUUUUCACAUGCACUCGUUGGAUAUCAGAAUGCCAUCCUUCAGUUCGCCAAGAAAACAGACGAAACUUAUAAAAAUACACUGAAAAGCUUGGCAAAAGAUCCUCACUAUAAUUUCUCUAUACUAAAGGAACUCACGCAGGCAAAUCCGGACGAGGAGGAAAAAGAAGAAUGUCCUAAGGUUGCAAAAAGGGAAAGUCACGACCAAGCUGAUGACGACCAAAUGCUUUUCUUUAAGGAUGAAUACAAGGACGAUGUUGAACCACAGGCUCAAAAGCAAAAAUCUCCAAAAGAGAAGAUUUUAAAAGACGUAGCGUUGGAAAUUGAUUCACUUCUUUCCGGUGUACCGGAUCUUAGUGAUGGGGGUGCUGUUGAGCAUAAGAAUGUCCCAGAUGGCAGCGCUGUGGAUCUGCUUGGACUGAGUUUGGACGAUGAAUUUUCCGACUUCAUGUCCACUCCGGCACCAUUUUUGCCUUCAACCCUUCUCACGAAUUGCAGCCUCAUCAACUCAGGCCUGGACUUUGAAGCGACAAUGCCACCUGCGGACAGGACGGCACUAUUUCUGCACGAUGAACAACCGAGUACUGGGGAAACAGCUGGUGCAGGCGCAAAAUCAUCCGAAAAAGCGUCGGAUAUCUUCAAUAGUUUGUUGAACAGUUUUUCCAAACAAAGCGCCGCCAGCACAGUGUCAUGCGGGAAGGUGGCAAGCGAGGAAAAGAACUCGAGAAUUUCUAAGACGACGACUAAAGAUCUCAGUGGAUGGUACCAACUUUUCGCCGAACUGGACCCUCUUUCCAAUCCAGAUGCAAUUCCGUCCAAGUCGGACGCGCCACAAAACAGUAUGUCGGCUUGAAAUUGUGUACGGGAACAACGGAAGGACGAGGAGAAUGCAUACAGAGCUGUGUUCUGCUAUUGUUUUCGCUUUUGUUCAAUGUCUAUCGUUUUCCGUGUUAUCCACAAAAGCCCGCAUUACAGCGGUUGCAAAAUGGUUAAGGGCGUAUAUUUAAUUAUUAUUCCAUGAUAAAU